AUGUCGAACUACAAGGUCGCUGAUAUUUCUCUUGCCGCAUUCGGCCGCAAGGAGCUUCAUAUUGCUGAGGGCGAAAUGCCCGGUCUUGUGGAGCUGCGUGAAAAGUACAAGAAAGAACAGCCGCUGAAGGGUGCGCGCAUUGCGGGCUGCUUGCACAUGACGAUCCAGACCGCUGUGCUGAUCGAGACGCUCAUCAUCCUCGGUGCUGAGGUGAGCUGGUCUUCGUGCAACAUUUACUCCACCCAGGACCACGCUGCUGCGGCGAUUGCUGCGGCGGGUGUGCCCGUAUUCGCCUGGAAAGGUGAGACCGAGGAGGAGUACAACUGGUGCAUCGAGCAAACUCUCCACGCCUUCCCCAACGGCGAGCCGCUGAACAUGAUUCUCGACGAUGGUGGUGACCUCACAUGGCUGGUCCACAACAAGUACCCCCAGCUGCUGCCCGGCAUCAACGGUGUGUCGGAAGAGACCACCACGGGUGUGCACCACCUCUACAAUGCCGCCAAGAAGGGCGACCUUAAGCUUGCGGCGAUCAAUGUGAACGACUCUGUGACGAAGUCCAAGUUUGACAACUACUACGGCUGCCGCGAGUCGCUUGUCGACGGUAUCAAGCGUGCCACGGACGUAAUGCUUGGCGGCAAGGUCGCCGUCGUCGCUGGCUUUGGCGAUGUUGGCAAGGGCUGUGCGGAGUCCCUCCGUGGCUACGGCUGCCGCGUCAUUGUCACUGAGAUUGACCCGAUCAAUGCGCUUCAGGCUGCCAUGGCUGGUUACCAAGUCGACCUGAUGGACAAUGCAGCGAGCCAGGCGCAGAUCUUUGUCACCACCACCGGCAACCGCGACAUUAUUACCACGAAGCACUUUGAGAUGAUGGUUGACGAUGCGAUUGUGUGCAACAUUGGCCACUUUGACAUUGAGAUCGACGUUGCCGGCCUCAAGAAGACUGCCAAGGAGGUGGUCAACAUCAAGCCCCAGGUGGACCGCUACACCCUUUCGAACGGCCGCCACAUUAUUCUGCUCGCUGACGGCCGCCUUGUGAACCUUGGAUGUGCCACGGGCCACCCCUCGUUUAUCAUGAGCGCCUCGUUUUGCAACCAGACCCUCGCCCAGAUUGCCCUCUGGCAGGACAAGGACGACAAGUACAAACGCGGUCAUGUGUACAUGCUUCCCAAGGACCUGGAUGAGGAGGUUGCGUAUGCGCAUCUUGUGAAGCUCGGUGUGAAGCUGACCAAGCUCACCGAUGUGCAGUCCAAGUACCUCGAAAUUCCCGUCAACGGCCCGUACAAGGCCGACCACUACCGCUACUAA